AUGACUGGCAAGGACUUCAACGGGCAGAAGCGGUUGGAGCUGCAGGACAGGGCACUGUCACUGCUGGAAUCUGAGAAGGGCACGGAGGCUAUGGUUCGUGACGCUCUGGCGGCUGUUCGUGAUCGGCGGGCUCAGCUCGAUCAGCAGAGUCGCGCCAAGAUCAGGUGCGAAGAUGUACCAUUGCUGCCGGUGGGCGCUCAGGUUUGGUGUAGUUUACGUGGCAAGUCCCAUGAUCUGUCUACAUGCUGA